CCCUAAUUUGUGUUGUCUCUUUCUUACCUUGGAAGGAUCUAGAACAAUAUUUGUAUUUAAUUCUCAGCCACCACCUCCUCUUCUCAGAUCUAGGUUAUUUUAUUUUCUCUCCAUCAGAUCUCGUCACAUCUGACUUGAUUCUCCAUUGUUUCUCUGGCUUUUUAGUGUUUUUAGGUGUUCAUCUUACACUUCUUUGCUCUCCAUUCCACUUCUGGUAUUUUUCCAUUCAAUCUAAGUUAUACGGGUUUGAGUCAGGUUAAGAUGAACUGACCCGUAACCCACUUGAAAAUCCUAAUUUAUGCUGUCUCUUUCUUACCUUGGAAGGAUCUAGAACAAUAUUUGUAUUUAAUUCUCAGCCGCCACCUCCUCUUCUCAGAUCCAGGUUAUUUUAUUUUCUCUCUACCAAAUCUCGUCACAUCUGAUUUGAUACUCCACAGUUUCUCUAACUUUUCAGUGUUCAUCUUACACUUUUUUGCGCUCCACUCAACUACUGUGUAGGUUAAACCAAAAAGAUGAAGAGUGUUGUGGGUUCACAUUGCAUUUCCCGCCAAGUGUAAAGGAGCGCGAAAAUAAUUUUUUCAGUGUCUGAGUAGCUUCUUCUUCUACACUCUAAACCUAAACCUCCGAUUCUGAAGAUAAUGAAGGGUGGCACGGUUCAGAUUAUCUGGCACGAGAGAAAACCCGUGUUAACUCUCGAUUUUCACCCCCUCACCGCCACUCUUGCCACCGCCGGCGCCGAUUUCGACAUCAAGUUUUGGUCGAUAAAGCCAUCGGGGACGGAGAAGCUUCCCGUAGUUUCCUAUCUCAGUAACCUCUCUUAUCAUAGCUCUGCAGUGAAUGUUAUUCGCUUCUCUUCUUCAGGGGAAUUGCUGGCCUCUGGCGCUGAUGGAGGGGACCUGAUAAUAUGGAAGCUAAAUUCUGCCGAUACUGGUCAGACAUGGAAGGUUCUCAAGAUGUUACGAUCUCAUCUCAAGGACAUUUUGGACCUGCAGUGGUCUUCCGAUGCCACAUAUAUCAUAUCUGGAUCAGUUGAUAAUUGUUGCAUUAUAUGGGAUGUUAACAAAGGAACUAACCUUCAGACGUUGGAUGCCCAUGCGCACUAUGUUCAAGGGGUUGCAUGGGACCCUCUAGGGAAAUACGCUUCUUCUCUUAGUUCAGAUAGGACUUGCAGAAUUUACAUGAAUAAGCCUCAUAAAUCAAAAGGCACUGAGAAAACCAAUUAUGUUUGCCAGCAAGUCAUUUCUAAGGCAGAUCAGCCAUUAUUAAAAAAUUCUCAGGAGACAAAAAUUCACCUCUUCCACGACGAGACAUUGCCAUCUUUUUUCAGAAGAUUAGCAUGGUCUCCUGAUGGUUCAUUUUUAGUUGUGCCUGCAGGCUCUUACAAAACUAAUACUGCAUCCGAGACUGUGAAUGCGGCUUACAUAAUUUCUCGAAAAGAUCUUUCUAGGCCUGCUAUACUGCUUCCCUGCACAAAUAAAGCUGUUGUAGCGGUCCGGUUCUGUCCCAUAAUUUUUAAACUUCGGGGAGCGAACUCUCUCGAUUCAGCUGGUGUAUUUAACCUCCCAUAUCGCAUCAUAUUUGCUGUGGCCACUUUGAAUUCGCUGUACAUUUAUGACACCGAGAGCGUAUCUCCGUUAGCUGUAUUAGCUGGUCUUCACUAUGCCGCAAUAACAGAUAUUACUUGGUCAUCUGAUGCUCGUUAUUUGGCAUUGUCAUCACAAGAUGGUUUCUGCUCUUUGGUGGAAUUUGAAAAUGACGAACUUGGAUCACCUUACUCUUUAUCUGAAGGAAAAGUCGAGGAGGAUAGUAAGAGUACUGUACAGACAGGCAAUGCCAUUGUACCAACUGGGAAUUUUAGUGCAGUUCUAUCAGAGAGCAAGGACAUGGAAUUAGAAGCGGAGGCUGUUGACAUGGUCACUGGAGAGUCUGGGAAUAUAGGCACUGCAAUAACAGAAAACCAGAGCACUGUUACCCAAGACAAGCCUGACAACAUGGUCAUAGAGACAACUGGGAAUGUUGAAGGGGUUAUAGUUUAUAGUAGGAAAAAUGAAGCAGAAGAGAAAACCGAUGACAUGGUUAUUGAAGCAACUGGAAGAAUUGGUACUGCUGAAUUAGAUAGAAGAAAAGUGGAAGCAGAAGAUAAGGCAGCGAAACAUCCAUGGAAUUUGGGUACAGUAAGUUUUGGAGCUCAAGACAUGACUGAGAAACAGCUAGCUAAUCCAGAUUCAGAUGGAAAACAAACGGAAUCAGGGGAGAAGACUGAGCAACAAUUGUCCAGUUCGAAGAGUACACCCUUAUCAAAUAAGCGAGCCAGGAAACGUAUUACUCCAAUUGCCAUUGAUCCAUGAUUUUUCAAUUCCUGAGAAAUUUCAUCCAUGCCUGUCUUUGUACAUCUUUUUGUGCGUCAUUUAUUCGGAAGUCACAUUUGCCCUUCGUCGUUUUCAUUGUUUUUCACCUAUUCUGUAAUAUAGGUUCCAAUAUAAUAUUUAGUGAAAACAAUCUUCGUCUUGGAGACUUCUCUGGACCUCUUUUUCUUCUCUCUUGUACCAUCUCGUGUUGGAAAGAUUAAAUAAGUGCAAGAA